CUAACAUAGAGGCGAGGCCUGUCUCUGAGUGUUUUUUUAAACGUGUACUGUGACUUUAAAACAAUUCUGGGCCGCCUACUUUCAAGGCACUGCUUGAAGCUUGUUGUGGAUUUGCGCUGCUAUUGGAAGUAGAGAACCGUCGAGCAGCGUCCUUUCUGCUUCUCAUUGGUGAAGGACUACCUUUCGGCUCUGGCUCUCGCGGGGCUGCUGUGUGAAAGAUGGCGGCCGAACUGGUGGAAGCGAUGAACAUGGUGAAGAGUUUCCGGGUGUCUGACCUGCAGACCCUGCUGGCCUCCAUGGGCCGCAGUAAGAGUGGUCUGAAGCAGGACCUGGUGGGACGGGCGCUGAGACUGGUGCAGACAGAGUACAGCCCGGAGCUGCUGAAGAACGUGCGACAGCUCUACGAGUCACGCUUCCCAAAGGCCUCCGGUUGGCUAGCUGCCCGGCGCCCGGAGGGGGUCCCUGUGGCCUACUCAUCCCUCAGUUCGUCCCCCACUGGCACUCAGGGCGCAGACUACCUCAGCAGCAUCCCUAAACUGUCCUCCACCCCUGCAGCUGAGGUCAAGCUAGUGUCGCUGCCGUUCUACCAAACUCUGGAGACGUUGCUGCCACCAACAGAGCUAAUUGCCCAGAACAGCGAGAAACUGCAGGACAGUCAGUGUGUAUUUGAAUUAACACAGAGUCAAGCGGACCAAGUCAGAAACUCAACUGAGCUUCGACCCGGAAUGAAGGCAAUCCAGGUGGUUCUCAGAAUCUGUUACACAGACUCCAUUGGUGUCCAGGAAGAUCAGUAUCCUCCCAACAUUGCUGUCAAAGUCAACCAGUCUUACUGUCAUGUACCGGGUUACUACCCGUCUAAUAAGCCAGGCGUGGAGCCGCGUCGGCCCUGUCGCCCAGUCAACAUUACACCGUGGUUACACCUCUCAACUGCUACCAACCGAGUCACUGUCACAUGGGGCAACUUCGGGAAGCGCUACUCAGUGGCAGUAUAUUUAGUGAGGGUCUUCACAUCAGCAGAACUUUUCAGCCAACUCAAACACUGCUCGGUUGAGAGUGCAGAACGCUGUCGUGAACGCAUCCAAGACAAGCUACGAUUUGAUCCAGAGAGUGAGAUCGCCACCACAGGGUUACGGGUUUCCCUCAUCUGUCCUCUGGUGAAGAUGCGGAUAGGUGUGCCGUGUCGGGUGCUGACCUGUGCCCACCUGCAGUGUUUCGACGCCAUAUUCUUUCUGCAGAUGAAUGAGAAGAAACCCACGUGGACCUGCCCUGUGUGUGACAAACAGGCUCCCUUCGAGCUGCUCACCAUCGAUGGGCUGGCAUCUGAGAUCUUAAAAGAGACCCAUGAGGAUAUUGAGGAGAUUGAGUAUCUGACUGAUGGUUCAUGGAGGCCCAUCAGAGAUGAAAAGGAGAGGGACAGAGAGCGGGAACGCAGCAACACGCCUGACUACCCUGUAGUAGAUAUAUGUGUCCCUGAGGUAAACGGUCACUCCCCGGCCCACAGCAGCACAAGCCAGACGGGGAAGUCGGGAGCAGGGUCCACGGCAGGGGGUGCGGGCGGAGGGGUGGUGGUAGAUCUGACUCUGGACUCUGAGGAGGAAGAAGAGGGGGGAGGGGCUGGAGGAGACAGCGAUGACACUGAGGACAGCCAGGACAGCCCUGCACCCAAGAGGGGCCGAUACGACUAUGACAAGGACCUGGUCACUGCCUACUGACUGGCGGACUGACCCACAGACUUAGUGAGAGAAGGGGGUUGGGCUAGACUGGAAGACAGGAAAUCAUUAGUCCCUACUACAUCCCCUGCCUGCCUGCCUGCCCGCCCGCCCCCACUUCUGUUUAUCCACACACAGACACUCACAUGCACAUACAUGCACUGUCAACCUCUGGAGUGUUUAGGCUUCCUCUAUACACCACUGGAAACAACAGCUCCCUAACACUUGUGGCCGUGCCCCUUCCAGCAUUCAAAUCCUAUAUCCUCCAUUGGAGGGUCAGAAACAGUAACCACCUCUCAAGCUAUUUUCCCCCUCACCUGUGUACUUUUUAUUUGAUUUUGACUUUGAACUUUAGCUCAAAGCUACAAGCAUUUGGUGUGUGGCCAGUGGCAUAUGGAGCCUCCUCUGUAGUUCAGUUGUAGUAAGAGGUCAAAAAUAACCUAAUAUGAAGAAUUUGGGGCAAACCACAGACUCAAUCUUUCUGGAAUAUGAUGAAAUUGAACAACACCAACGUUUUCUUUUGUUCUAUUUAAUGUAUUCAGACAAUGUAGACAAAGCAAUGGGCUCUGACUAACAGUGUUUCAAAAUAAGUUGUUUUUUUAUCACAUAAAUUCCUAAACUUUGGGUUUGAUACUUCCCCCAUUUUAGUUUGUCUUUAAAUGCUGACAACCUACCUCAGUCAUACACCGCAAACUUACUUGACCAGAGAUAAUAGCACCUGAACUAAGUUGGCUAUAGUAUUUUAACAGGAGGGUCUACUUUUUUAUUACUUUUCCCACCUGCUCACCUUGAUUUUAAAACAAAUUGAACCCAUUUAAUAGCAUUUUGGUUGAGUUUACUAGCGCACACAAAGCAAAAAUGGUUUGUAACAACAAAACAGAAGUUCCUUAUUGGACAAAAAUAGUGUACCUCCCUGUUUCACACUGUUUGGAGCAUUUUUGUUUCAUUUGUGUCUACUAAAUAUGACCCACGAUUGCUUGCGGCAGGUUAGUUAAGAUGAGCAGUUACCGUUUGAUGUUUUGAAACAUACCCUUUUCAGAUUCUGCCCAACAUUCUGUGUUGCCAGUGUUGUUCAUAUUGAUCAAGAAACAAAUGCAGGAUGGGGUUAUUUUUUUUUCACUUGCUGCUUUCAUGCCAGUUUUCAACAGUUCAACACUACUGCAUUCAAUCUUUUCCCCUGGAUUUCAUAAGCGAUUUGCAGUGUUGUGAACCAAACUCGUUUUUCUUUGCUGAGAAUUGUUUAACAAGGCUAUUUAACAUGGCCCUGACUAAAGAAUGAUGUCACAAAUAUUAGUAACCACACACAACUAUUCAAAAUCAUAUUGAGGCAAUUGUGCCAAAUCGGAUUUGUGUCAAUUAUCUAUUUUUGUUAGGUCAGAUUUGGGUGCCUUUGAGUUAAGAUUGGUGGAGGUUGGACUCCACAGUUGUUUGGCUAGUUGAGCUGUUCUACACAGAAAGUCCCAGUAAGAAAAUGCAUUAUUUGUCAUUAAUUUGUGAGUGUUGACAUCCCUUUUGACUUAAUUUCUUUGUCUAGAGUAUGGUAUUUAUUGAUAAUUGGUUUCUUAACUCUGUUUUAUUUGAAUGGCAGUUUGUGUUAAAUUGUAUAUAUGUUGGAAUGGAGAAGUGCUGUAACAGAGCCAUUUGCAUACAGCUCAGCGCUGUGCACAAAUUUCCAACUAAGGGGUAGCAGAACAAUUGAGGUUGGGACUUUUGUUGUGAAUGAAAAAACAGUAGAUGAGGUAAUCCAGGCAUGGACCUGACAUCAGAAGACAGGUUCCUUUUAUUUUCCUCUGAGUAAACCAUGCAGUUCAAACCAGUAACACAGCCUGUCGCCUCCCAUGUUCAACGAUAUUGCUCUCAGAAAUCAACUUUUGUUAUCGCAGAGUUGGGACGAUAAACCAAAAAUUGGCAACACCAACCAACCAUAUGACCACUUUUCGCAUGCAUUUUUCUGAUACCAUGCAUUACAGUAAGUUUCCUAUACUGGAGAAAUGUAUAAUUAAGUUUGCGACAUGGGUGAUGUGUUAAUUGGACAGUUGCUGGCUACACGACAUGGCUAAUGCAUAUAACAGCUGCGGUGCCCACUGAAAGAAACGUAGUGUUCUAUUUAUUGUUAUCGAAUCCAUUCAGACAAUUCUAGCGUGGUUCCUAGAUUGUCCUCUACUAGUAGCUUAAACAUGCAUCUAUAAUAGCUGUUUCAAAGGAGCUUUUUUCACAGGCACAGUUGAAUUUGUAAUAAACACGGUUCAUAUUUUGGGUAUCAAUUGUUGAGAGAUUUAGGCUCCAGAGACUAGUUGAAAUCUCUCCUUUUAUUUACAUUCCUGGCCAUUUGAUUUAUCCCUUCUAUUAUAGUCCUGGUUUCAGUCUGUACUGUAGAGAUUUCUGAUAUAUAUUUUUCAAUCAGUCUUUUUUUUCAAUUUUCACAAUUCUCAUGGUAUUGGUUAUACAUGCAUUUGACUAUAACACAGGCAUAUUGACAAGAUGUAUGAUCAUCUUGAAUUCAGACUUUCAUAGACAUUGCGUGCAAGGAGUAGUAGUAUACUUAAUCUAAUCGUGAAAUGGUAUUGACUGAGGAAACAAUGGGAUGUAGUCUUUAUGUAAACCUGGUCUUCCACUUUUCUGCAGUACUCAUGAUGUUUCCAUAUAGUUUGUGGAUUGUUAUACCGAUAAAUUAGUUCUGUAAACAUAGGCUAACCCACAUUCAUUAAUGGCACUUACUCUGUCAAAAAACCUCAAAUCCUAGCUGUGUCCUGGAAUAUGACUGUAGUUGUAUGAUUAAUUCAUCAAGCAACAUGUAUUACGUUAAUUCCAUCUUCAAAUAAGCCAAUCUAUUCAACAGAAAUGACUCAAGAUUAAAGUUUUACAUUCUUUUAAUUUAUAAGUGCAAAAGUGUAGAACAUCACUGCGCAGAUAACAGAUUUUCUCAAGCUUUUUCAUAUCGUGAAAGGGAGGGGGAGAAGUACAUGGUGUUGCUAAGGAACUGAGCCAGAUGCAGGUGAAACCUGGAUAUGGGGCCGUGGUUGAUUUUAGGCAAAUGGAGGGUCAGGUCUUGAUAGUGGCUUCCCUUCUUAUUAUUAUAAUGCUUAAGGUAGCAUGGGCAGUGGCUUGCAAUCCAUGAUGUAAAUGUUUUGUUUGUUGUGUCUUUUUAUAUGUUCAUAUUAAAAGACAAUAAAAUUAAAAUAAUAUUUUA